UCACUUCCGUGUUGUACUGCCAUACAGAAGAUCACUGCGGCUUCCCUACCGCAAUGAAGUUCUGAUAAAUUAAGAGUUAUUUCCUCGUCUAAAGACCAUUUUGGGAUCAAGAUUUGAAAAAUGGAGGAAGGAAUUGUGAUUUAUCAUGGUUUUCUCAAGAAAUCGCCCCCUGAACACCGCUUGAUGCGUUCUUGGCAAAGGCGGUUCUUUGUUCUGAGAUCCAACAAGAAACUCUUCUACUACAAGAGCGAGAAAGACAAAAAGCCAGUGAAGGACCCUAUUGAUCUUCAUACCUGCCGAUGUGUGGAAGCCAACCUGCAGCACAACAAGUUCCCAUAUGUCUUUAGCGUGAACACAGUGAAUAGGACUUACUAUAUGGUGGCAGACUCACAAGAGAUCAUGGACACUUGGGUUGAGAAGCUGUGUUUUGUUUGUGGCUUUGAAAGACAAGAUGAGUCUUCACCAGGGACAAGAAGCAGACCCACUGUGCCAAUUGAAAGCCCUGCUAAAGCCGCAGCAAAUUCAUAUACACUCUCCCAUCCAUCUACCUGUCCUCUCUCUGCACCCCCUGAUCAGCAAGGAAGCUGUAAAGAGCGCUCACACAGUGAUCCCCAAGACCCCCAGGAAAUCAUAAGAAGGGCUACAAGCCAGUAUAAUGCCAAUUUACAGCGCCGCAAGUCAACACAAUGUGUGAAAGAGAGUGUACCCAAGCGUCUUGGUAACAGUCCCAGUGGAUUGCCAAAAGUUUCUGAAGGAUAUGACUCUCUCCCUAAUCCUGUUCCACUGGAAGAGAGGAAUUCUUGGUAUGAUGAUGUCCCACCUCCUAGAACCGUAUCACCUGCUUCCGCUCAAAGACCUCCUCGCCAUCGGAUGGAAAAUUAUGAUAUAGUUGUACCUCACAGAAAAUCGCAGGAGUUGGCAAUAUCUCCUAUGACCAAUUACGAUAUUGUACCACCAACACACCGUCCUGCCUCAGAAAACUAUGACAUCGUGCCAUUGCGCAAGAGGGAAUCUGACCCAUCUGAUCUUUAUGAUGUGCCUCCUUAUUUGUCAGAAGACUUUGAACAGGAGACAUAUGAUUCAGUUCCUCGGAGAUCUCUCAGCACCUCACUAAAUAAUGCUGAAAUCUAUGAUGUUGUCCCUCAAAGGAAAAUUACCCCAGAUGGCUCUCCCAGUGAGUGUUAUGACAUAGUUCCCCCACCACGACCCAAGAAACCAUCCUCACCUCAAGAUCUUUAUGACAUUGUCCCACCCCCAAGGCCUGAGAGUGACGAUAUUUAUGACAUUGCACCACCGGCUAAACAAAUGUUAUCUGAUGAUGUUUAUGAUACCCCACCAUCGGCAUCAGAGAUCUCUCAGAGAGUUUAUCAAAAAGAUGCAAGAUGCCCAAUCGCUGCUGCCCCAGACAGAGCACUAGAAGCAUAUGACCAGAUCCCUCCACCAAGACCCAAAAAAUCACCUGACUCUGGCAGCAGUAACCUCAAUGCCUCAUUGUCGAGUCAAUGUUCUUUAAAUGACCAGUUUGACAGGGAUUCUGGUUCAUUUAAUGAUGACAUUUAUGAUAUUCCUCCUAAGCCCGGUGCGGAAUUGUAUGACGUUUUGCCAGGAAAAAGCGAUGAUAUUUAUGAUAUCCCACCUGGAUUUACCCCAACACCAAAAGCUGAUACCGCCCCUGCUGUGGAUCGUUCAGUGAAGCCGCCAACAGUUGACAGGCUUACAAAACCACCUGUCAACCGAACCCUCAAGCCCUCCAUGGACAUGUCUGUUCCAAAUGUUCACCCGUAUGAGAACCUUGGCCCUGACCGUGUGAGCCUGGGCCUUGCCGCAAGCUGUGACCGUAUACGAAAACAAGAGAGUUACGACAAGUGCUACACUGACAUGCAGCCGUGUCGAUCCGACAGCACAAGGUGCUAUAGUUUCUCGAAAGAGCAAAGUAGAGAUGACGAGUGUUACGAAGAUAUGCAGCCGAUACUAGAGAGUAUACCCAAGCGAGAGUCAGGAGUGCAUAGCAACUCUUCCUCUUCCGACGGGGAGGAGGAUAAAGAUAUUGUGGCACGAAACAAUAGGAGAGCCGCAUUACAGUACUGUGAGGUUCAAAUAGUUGAAGGCAGCUCGCAAACCCGUCUCCAAGCACCUGCCAGCCAAAGAAACGCAAGCUCACACUACACUACGAUUAACGAGGAGAGUACCAAAGCGUUCCAGCAAACGUGCUCCGCUAGGAAGGAGUGCUUGGAUCAUAUAUGAUGUCAUACCACAGUGCAUGCCCGACUAGAAGAACAUCUAUGAUUCUUUACUAGUCUACAUAUUUCUCUGUGGCCGUAUCAGCGAUACGAUAUCAGGGAUAUGUGGUCCCCCCCAAUUAUAAGGAAAUGACAAGUAGGGGCGUGGCUGUGCCUCGAAUUUUUUAUUGAUGUCCCUGUUUCGUGCUCCCCACAUAUUUCGAGGCCUGCUACGGCACUGAUCUUGUCCCCCAGUGCCUUCCAUAUUAGCCACUGGUUCAGUUUCGCAGGCUAUGUGGACGAGAUUGGAAUAAAUGUUAACUCUAUAAUUUGAACUUAAAUUUAGGGUUAGUGCGUGGAUUUUACACCAAUUUUACCACUUCUAGGGGCUAGUCCUUUUUUCGGGCUAAAAACAAAUCCGAUGCAUUUUUAUAUGUUAUAUAGUACGGUAAAUAUACUCAUUGUAUCGCGUAUUACAUCGAUUGAUAGAAAGGGUUUCCAAAACUAACCCAACACAAUCGUCGCCUGGAGAGGUUUUUGUAUUUUUAUUGGUAUCUAUUUUACCUAGGUUUGCUACAGGCAAAAAUAUAUUGAUUUUUUUUAAAAAAAAGUACAGAUCGCUCUAUUAAGGAAAUACAAAUGCACUGUAUAUUAUACAAUGCAAUGUAAAAAAAAAACGUUCACUUCUGCUUUUACUUACUGCGGCGAUACUCUGCAAACUCUCAGUGACGAUUACCAACCGAUAAAUCGCCUACUGGCCUCUGUCAUUCAAUAUCCUUGAAGCAUUUUCCCAGCACUGAAAUGCCACCUCUACGCAAGGCAAUGCACUGACCAACAAAAUCACCAAAUGUCAUUCCGUUAGUUUGAGUGACGGAGCCAGAAAGCGGUUGAUCAGUUAGAAAAUAUCGAUAAGAGUUGGCAGAAUAUGGCAAAUCGCCGUAAUUACAUUAUGGCAGGUUUUUCUUUAAAAAGCCUGUUUAUUUGAUGCGGGCGAUGUCAGAUGAUUGCAUCGUUCACUUGUAUCAUCAACAAGUAUUUGUACAGCCACUGCACAGUGAUAACGGUAGCUUUAUGUAACCUGAUAAAUGUUAUUCGAGUUAUACUGUAUAUAUGUUUCAUGGCAUUUGUGAAGAGCUUUUUUAGAUAUACAUUUUAAAUAUAGGUUUUGAAAUUAGGAUUUUCAGACAACCCUCACAAUCGAGGCAGAUGAAGUUUUACGUCAGCAUAUUUUUACAGAUUUGUUUAACAAUUAGAAUAUCAGCCUUGCUGGAAAUAAUUCACGGGUUUGAAAAUAGGCAAAGCUUAAUUUAGAGCACUUACAAUAUGUGGUCACAAUUAAUAAAUAAACACAGAAGUGUGAGA